AGCGUGUAGUCAAAGCAUAAGUCUUCCCCAUCAUGGCUAGCUCUCUUACUUGACUUCACUCUCUCACUGCUUCUGCAUAUCUAUGGCCUCUCUUGUAGCAUUCAUGGGCCGUAAGCUGGAAAUAGAGAUCAUCCGUCUCCUCAAGAAGAAGAGGAUUGAUCCUGAAUUUUCUGUACCUGACGAGAUUAAUGAACUUGAUAUCUUCAAGCUCGAUCCCUCUGAGUUGCCCCGACUUUCAAAAAUUAACUCCGAUGAACAAGCAUGGCCCUUUUUCUCUGAACCAUAUAAGAACGUAAAGGGUAAACAAGCCCACCUAACAAAUGGAAACUGGGAAAAAACAGGUAACGAUCGUGAAGUCAGGGAUAAAAGUACUGGCAAGCGGAUCGGUGGCAAAAAGAAUUAUGUUUACUAUAAACGUGGUGGUUCUCCUAAGCAGAAGAUCAAGACUGACUGGGUUAUGCACGAGUACUAUGUUGAUGAUGACGACUCUCGUUAUAAGGUGUAUUGCUUUCUGUUUUCAUUUCUCAUUUUUGGAGUUUACUCAACUUCAUUACUUAUUAUGAGUUGUCUUAAUUUUUGCUUUAGUGUUUAUUUAUCUAUUGAACAUAAAUCUUCAUCUACUGGUUUUCAUAGACUCUUAGUGAUCAAUAUCCGUGGAAAUUUGGUAAAAAAAUUGAGCUAUGUUCUCGCUGAAACCACAUAUGUUGUGAAAAUUACUCACAGACGUGAGUCUGGAUACAAGUUAUUAGAUGAAUUAGAGUUUUUUGUUCUGUUUUGUCCUUUGGUAGAAUCUCAGCAACCGUCGACUCACUGUUUGGGCAAUGAGUUCUUGAAGUGA